CUCCCGGCGGCAGAACAGGGCCCGGCACCGGCGCGGCGGCGGCCGGCGAUGCGGUCUCCCAGCUGAAGGCGCGGCACGGUCCGCUGCUCGCCCGCGGGGCUUGCCCGUCGCCGGGCCAUGUCCGUCCGCGGCGGCAACGCCCUGACGCCUUUUUCCAUCCAAGCCAUCCUCAACAAGAAGGAGGAGCGCGCCCGCCACGCGGCGGGGCGGCCGCCGCUCCCGGGGGCGGCCGGCGGCUGGCGGCUGUGCGGCGCCGCCGAGGACUCGCAGCUCCCCGCGCCCGCCGCCCGCGCCCCGGCCCCGCGGACACCGGUGGGCUGGGACUCGGACUCCGCUCUCAGCGAGGACCCCGAGGGCGAGCGGCGCUCCGAGGAGGAAGGCGCCGGUGGCAGCGCCCGCCCCGCAGAAGCCACGGGCGGGGAACGGCCGGCGGAGGAGGAGGCGCAGCUCCCGGAGGCGGCGGAGCGGGACACCACCGGCCUCAGCGACAGCGAGAUGUCAGCCGCCGUCUCAGAUCGCAGCCCUCCGGAGGAAGAGGACGGAGCGGGCAAGUGCGGGAAUCUGCUGCCGGGGGAGGAGGAGGCAGCGGCGGCUCCGAAACCGCGGAAGAAGCGCUCUCGCGCAGCCUUUUCCCACGCGCAGGUCUUCGAGCUGGAGCGGCGCUUCAACCACCAGCGCUACUUGUCCGGGCCCGAGCGGGCCGACCUGGCCGCCUCGCUGAAGCUCACCGAGACGCAGGUGAAAAUCUGGUUUCAGAACCGGCGCUACAAGACCAAGCGGCGGCAGAUGGCCGCCGACCUCCUGGCCGCCGCCCCCGCCGCCAAGAAGGUGGCCGUCAAGGUGCUGGUGCGCGACGACCAGAGACAGUACCACCCUGGCGAGGUGUUGCGUCCGCCCUCGCUGCUCUCCCUCCAGCCGUCCUACUACUACCCCUACUACUGCCUUCCCGGGUGGGCUCUAUCCACCUGCGCCGCGGCUGCCGGCACCCAGUGAGAGGCACACAUACACAGCCCCCCGGCCCCAACACCCCCAGCAUACACACUGGCAGCCAGGAAACCCAUCUUCCCUCUGCCACCCCCCCAUCCAUCAAUCCGUCCGUUCAGCUUCUCAAGUCCA